AUGAGUUUUCCUCAGACAGAGAAGAACGGCAACACCAGUGAGAGUCCAGCUCGUGAUUUCAACACAGAUGAACACGGCGGGGCACUGAACUCUGCUGGGGAGCCAUGGAGAGGAGGUCGGUCCCGGGAAAGGGGACGAGGAAAGGGACGAGGAUUUUAUGAACGCGAUAACGAGUGGCGCCGCGGUGAGAACGAACGCGAGAAAGUAAAUGAGCGGUUUGCGUGGCGCGGCGGCGGCGGCGGCGGCGGCGGCAACGGCGGCGGUGAACUCGAGGGUGAAGAAGGACCCGGCAGCGGCGGUGGUGGUGGUUGGCCACGAGGCAACCGCAGCGGAUAUAAUUAUAAUCAGCGUGGCGGAGGUGGCCGUGGCUCUCGUAACUAUGGUUCCGGUGCACGGAAGGAGCAGUGGUCCAACUGGCGACAGGGCGAGAGUGCGUGUGAAGGUGGGAACGAACAGCCGGAAAUUCGUCGCAGCAGUGGAUACAACUACGACGGCAAAAGGGGGCACAAAGAACGUGGUCGCGGCGGUCGCGGCGGCCGUUCCUUUGAGGACGAGCGCGAGUUUGAGGAAAGGGGUCCGCGUCGGACGCAAGAAACGACAGACGACGCCGAGCCGCCACAGUUACAACAAUUCUCAGAGGAGCAGCAACAACAAGAACAACAGCAGUACCAGCAGCAGCAACAACAAAGGCCACCCACACAACAAGGCCGUUUUGAUGGUGACUACGAGCGUCCACGUGGACGGGGACGCGAUCGCGGCGGCCGUGGCAGGGGGGACUACUCCAGGGAGGACGAGGAAGGGGGUCAGCCGCAACAGCGAACACAGCCACAGACACAGGAACAACCUCAGCGGCAACACGUCUCGGAGGAUCCAAUUUCGACUAACCCUAGUCGCACACAACGUGCGCCACAUUUGAGGAAGAAUUGCUACGACGAGAGGGAAAUAGAACAGCUCUUUGAGCAUCAUCAUCAACAGAAGGGCAUUUCCCUGGACAACUAUGCCAACAUUCCGGUUGACAUCAUUCCCAAUAAUAUUGAACCUGUGGAAAGUUUUGAGGACCUUUUUGUGGAGCCUGCUCUCUCCUUGAACAUUGCCAAGUGUGGGUAUAAACAACCUACACCUGUGCAGCGUUAUGGCAUUCCGGUCUGCCUCAACGGUGAUGACUUGAUGGCGUGUGCUCAGACGGGCUCAGGAAAGACGGCGGCCUUUCUCGUUCCUGUCGUCCAUUACAUCCUUAAACACGGUGUAUCCCCCGCUCGGAACCGUGUUAGUUACCCUAUUGCUGUCAUUAUGGCCCCCACGCGUGAAUUGGCGUUACAGAUUUACGAUGAGGUUCGUAAACUGACGUUUCGCACCGAUAUCUUCCACGACGUGGUGUACGGAGGAACACCGUACCCAACACGCUUUGAAAAUGACAUUCUUGUUGCCUGCCCAGGACGCUUAAAGGAUAUUUUUGAUCGUGGAAUUGUCUCUUUCAGCCGGGUAAUGUUUCUCAUCCUGGACGAGGCCGAUCGCAUGCUGGAGAUGGGGUUUGAGGAGCAGAUUGAGUAUCUUGUCGCCUCGCGCUAUACGGACAUGCCAAAGACCACGGACCGACAGACACUCAUGUUCAGCGCGACGUUCCCGCAGCGUAUUUUGAACCUCGCGAAACGUUAUCUCCGUCAGCACUACUACCUUCUUACGGUUGGUCGCGUUGGCUCGACGACGAAGAAUAUCACGCAGCGGAUUGAGCGUGUGCAGGAGUCCGAAAAAAUGGACAAGCUGUUUGAGGUGAUCUACCAGCAGAAGCAAACCGAUCUUGUCUUGGUGUUUGUGGAAACCAAGCGCUCCGCCGAGGACCUUCAUUACGCUCUUAAGAGUGAGGGCAUUCCAAGCGCCACCAUUCAUGGCGACCGCAAACAGUUUGAUCGUGAACGUGCCUUACGCGACUUCAAGGAUGGCGUUACACCAAUUCUGGUUGCCACAGAUGUUGCUUCGCGUGGUCUUGAUAUUCCAAAUGUUGCGCAUGUUAUCCAGUACGAUCUCCCAAAGGAGAUGGACGAUUACACGCACCGCAUUGGGCGCACUGGACGUGCUGGCAACAAGGGCACAGCCACCUCCUUCUACAACAAGAACAACCGCAAUCUCACAUUGGACCUGUACAAUUACCUAAAGGAGCACGAGCAGGAUGUUCCCUUCUGGUUUGAGGAGGAGAAAGAGAACGUGGAGGGGGAACGGUUUCUUGGCGCGAGCCGUGGACGCGGUGGUGGCGGGAGACGUGGCGGUGGCGACAGCCAUCACGCGGCCCCAACGCUGUCAAACUCCACGUGGGGCGAGUCUGCACCUUCGCGCGGCCGCGCAAGGGGCACCGGUCGGUCUCAGAACGCUGCCAACGUGGACGAUGGGGGUUUUUGA